AUGGAACAAGUGACGGAAACGCUCUCUGAAGAAAAUUCACCAGCGGCGACCACUCGAUCACCAGAGGAAGACGACUUACUGCAACGGAGCACAAAGAAAACGAAGAGAGGACGAGCAUCAACAGGGAACACUUCGUUAGGUCUAGCCAAAGGGAUUGUUCAAGAAACCCCUAUGAGAAUCGGCUUCAAAUCGCCGGAGUCCACACAGUGGCAAACCCCCGUCGAAACUCUAAGUAAUGCAUGGAGAAGAAGAGACAACGCCGACCCUUUGGAGAAAGAAGUGGUAUCGGAUGAAGAAUCAAUGGUAGAUGUCGACUCGGAUCCCAAUUGCCCCGUCAUAACAGUGACUAGAGAGGAGAAGGAGCUACUGAGACGCCCAUGGAGAAGAACACUGAUAGUCAAAGUCCUCGGACGCAAGGUUGGGUACUCUUUCCUCCGUCAGAGUCUUCAAAGCUUGUGGAAACCAGACGCCAAUUUCGGCCUUAUCACAAUAGAUCAGGACUAUUUCUUGACAAGGUUCGAUUCACUCCGCGACUAUGAGUUCGCAAAAUUCGAAUGCCCUUGGGUUAUCUUGGGGCAUUAUCUGACAGUUCAAGAAUGGCAACCGAACUUCUACCCCCAGAAAAACAAGUUGAACAAACUUCUAGUUUGGGUAAGAUUUCUAGCACUGGCAAUCGAAUACUUCGAAGACGAAUUCUUAAUGAAGAUUGGCAAGAAUAUAGGUUACCCAGUGAAGGCCGAUACCACCACUAGUCUGGUUUCGAUUGGGAAAUUCGCUAGAGUUUGUGUAGAAUUGGACGUAACCAGACCCUUGCUGUCCAAAUUCACGUUGGGAGGCGAAGUGGUACCUUUUGAAUAUGAAGGAAUCAGGUUGGUCUGUUUCAAAUGCGGUAUAUACGGUCACAAACAGGGCCAAUGCAACGCGGAGGGUCAAAAUGAAGGAGAUAAGGCGGCAGACGAUGGAACGAGUCAAGCUCAGAACUCCACCCCUCGCAAGAAUGGGGAAGGACAAAUAGUGUAUCAACCCACGAAACCAGUCAGGGAUCUGAAGCAGAAUUUUGAAGGCCUAGAGGAAAAUGAAGCUGAGAAUCCCGUGGAGAAGCUGACCACGGUAGUUGUCCAAAAUGCACCAUCGCGCCUUCCUGCCAUCCGGACGAAUCAGAAUUCUCACACGCCUAGGAGGCAGAGUUCUAUUCCCCAGCAGACUACUGCGAGACAGCCCAUCCCACAAGCCCGAGGUUCGGGUAGAGGCAGAGGCGGAAGGGGAGGGGCGCCAAGAAGAGCUGCGGCUAAAUCCGAGCACAUUGUGAAUGGUCCAGUGAUCCCAAUCGAUGAAAUGGUUGAUGAUGGGGGUCAAACUGACCCCGGGGAUGCGGGUGCUGUAUCAAAAGAAUUCAAGCGCACCCUCAAACAUUACUGCUUUGUUUAUAAACCGGAUAUUGUUUGUUUGGUCGAGCCAAAGGUCUCGGGCACACAAGCUAACUCCAUUUGUAAUAGCCUAGGUUUUGAAGACUGGGUCCGUGUAGAAGCCGUGGGUUUCUCCGGGGGCAUCUGGGUACUCUGGAAAUCCUCGGUUAGUUUGGUAAUCCUAGAUACUCACCCGCAAUUUAUUAAUUUGCAAGUAAAGGAAGGACUAUUACCACCAUGGGAACUCUCAAUGGUAUAUGGGAGUCCUAAUCUUUCUCUAAGGAAAAAACUUUUCACUGAUUUAUCUACUGCUAACUUGAAUUCACAACCAUGCUGGUUAGUUUGUGGGGACUUCAAUUCGGUAAUAUGUAGGGAAGAAGUCAGUAACCCAGACUGCUACAAUGUUUCAAGGAGUGCAGACUUUGUAGAUUGGAUUUUCCGAGAAGGUCUGGUGGAUCUAGGCUAUGAGGGGUCGAAGUUUACUUGGAUGCAAGGGACGAACACAUCACAGUUCAAGGCUGCAAGGCUCGAUCGAGCCCUAAGCAAUGUGGAAUGGAGUUUCAGAUUUCCGAACGCCAGAGUCGAGCACCUUCCUAUUAUCAACUCAGAUCAUCCUCCACUACUAAUUUCAAAUAGUCCCCGAACACGAUUUGAUGGGGGUAAAAAAUUCAGAUUUAACUAUAUUUGGACCACUCAUAAGGAUUUUAACAAGUGUGUCCAGCAAGCAUGGAACUCAGAGAAGGAGCUAGAUGAAAAUAUAGCAGCAACGCCAGCAUCACUCUCAUCCUGGAAUAUACAUGUGUUUGGAAAUGUUUUCUAUAGGAAGAAACGAAUUCUGGCAAGAAUUAAACAGAACGGUAAGCUCGCGAACUGCAAUAUACGGAAGAUUCCAGCAUUAAAUGAGAAUGAAUGGCAGAGGGUGAAUCAGCCCUUUCGACCGGAGGAAGUUAAGGAAGCACUUUUUGAUAUGGACCUUUACAAAGCGCCCGGCCCGGACGGUUUUACGACAGGGUUCUACCAGAAGGCCUAG